AUGAUAAAGCUCGGAGUUCCACAACAAAUUCCUCUUGAUGGAUCUGUUUCACUCCGCUCUCUAGCUCAGUAUGCCCAGGUUGAAGAGCAGCUGUUUACUCGUCUCGUUCGAUAUUCCAUCGCCGUCGGUUUUCUAUCCGAGAAAACGCCCGGCCAGAUCAGCCACAACUCAGCUUCAUCCGUUUGCGUACGUGAUCAAAACACUACUGAUAGCAUUCUAUCAAACCUCAACGUUGCAAACCCGGCGUCGGUGAAGAUGGUAGAAGCUCUCAAGCUCAACCCUACAGGGACUGAUGCGUCAAAGACGCCUCUCAGCGUUGCUUUCGCCCAGUCUUUGGAUGGUGCUGAGAAGCUAGGCACUAUGUGGGAUUUCCUCCGCGAUCAUCCGGAAGAGGAGGUUCGGUUCCAUAAUUCCAUGGCUGCCACACACUCCACUUCAAUCUACUCGUGUGAGCAUGUAGCCCGAGGAUUCGAUUGGAAUCAGGUCAAGUCAAUUGUUGAUGUUGGUGGCUCAGAAGGACAUGUAAGCAUGGCGAUAGUCAACUCUUACCCUCACAUUAAGUCAACCGUUCAGGAUAUAGGGGAGGUGGUCGCCUCCUCCCGUCAGCAGCUUCCCGCACAGUACAAACAGGCCAUUGAGUUUAUCGAGCACGAUUUUUUCCAGCCCCAACCUGUACAGGCGGAUGCGUAUAUUCUGCGCUUUAUCUUACACAACUGGUCUGAUGAGGAGGCCAAACGCAUAAUUGGUGGUUUGCUGCCAGUACUGAAGCCAGGUGUUCGGGUGCUGAUUAUCGAGCAUGUCGUCCCUGAAAAGGGAACUGUGCCACUCUACGUGGAACGCAUUGUGCGCAAUAUGGACGUAACCAUGUUUGGAUUACUGGCUGGAAGAGAGAGGACGGCUCAGGAUUACGCAAGUAUUUUGAGCAGCGUGGAUGGGAGAUUGAAAUUGAAAGGAAGUACAUGUCCAGACGGAAGCGUGGUCACUAUCCUAGAAUUUAUUGUCGAAUAA